CUUUCCUUAUAAGCCCCGCGCUGCGCGCUGGGCGCCGCGGGCCCAACUCCUGGUGGUCCGGACUGGGACCCUUCCGUGUCGCCUCCUCCGACACCUCCUCGGUCCGCGAGCCCGCUGGCGGGCGCUCCUCUGCCAGGACAGCCCGUCACACUCCCGGUGACUGAUGCCCAGGCUGGACGACCACUUCUGGAGUUGUCCCUGUGCUCGCGGCGCCAGGCACCGAAGUUACUCGACAGCCCGCGCCGGCACGCUGGCUGCCAAAGUCGGGGGCAUGGUCACUUCCUCCGUAUCCGGCUCCGCGCUGCGGCCAGCCGGCAGGGCCCGGGACCCAGAGCCGGUUCGUGCGCCUGGGAGCCCUGGCGCGGGGGGACAGGCCGCCCUCUGGCAUCCCCACCUGCUGCAGAGGGGCCUGGUGCUCUUCUCGGUUGGGGUGGUCCUUGCCCUGGUGCUCAACCUGCUGCAGGUGCAGAGGAAUGUGACCCUGUUCCCCGAUGAGGUGAUCGCCACCGUCUUCUCGUCGGCCUGGUGGGUGCCUCCCUGCUGUGGGACCGCGGCUGCUGUGGUCGGCCUUCUGUACCCCUGCAUCGACAGCCACCUGGGCGAGCCCCACAAGUUUAAGCGGGAGUGGGCCAGCGUGAUGCGCUGCGUGGCCGUGUUCGUGGGCAUCAACCACGCCAGCGCUAAAUUGGACUUUGCCAAUAAUGUCCAGCUCUCCCUGACGUUAGCGGCCCUGUCCCUGGGCCUGUGGUGGACAUUUGAUCGUUCGAGAAGUGGCCUCGGGCUGGGGAUCACCAUCGCCUUCCUUGCCACACUGAUCACGCAGCUGCUGGUGUACAACGGCGUCUACCAGUACACAUCUCCAGACUUCCUCUACAUCCGCUCCUGGCUGCCCUGCAUAUUCUUCUCAGGGGGUGUGACCGUGGGGAACAUCGGGAGACAGCUGGCCAUGGGUGUCCCUGAAAAGCCACACAGUGACUGAGUCUUGCGCCCGCUGCUUCUGAAGGGACAGCAAGAUGUGGGACAGAACCCCGAGCUCCAGACUGCCACGGAGACCUCGCUCCUCCAUGAUCUGCUUUGAUGGGCCUGGCAGACACGCGCUCCGGGGACAGCCCCGCACACCAGCGGGUGGGCGCAGCCCCGCCCGCCUGGAAACACUGUCGCGCCAGCGUCUGCCCCGCGGACCCUGGGUCUCCGCCCGGGGCAGGCGGGUGGCGGUGGCAGUUUCCGAGUGUUCGAUGCCAUUUUUGUCGCAAAAUGCAAGUUGCCAUAUAUCCUAAGCCUUGAACUGAAAGCACCGGUCCCAGCUCUGGGUUUGGGGCCACGCCCACGGGAGGGAGGAGCUUGAAGGCGCUUAGCCAAGGCUAGUGUGAUUAGAAAGGAUACUCAUCCAAAAGGUUUUUAAAAAUUGGGUUGUGUAAAACUACAUGGAGCAGUGGGGCAAACUCUCGCAGCCGCACAUGCGUGUGUGUCCUGGAGCUGGCUGCGCCCCGUGCGGCGCUUGGCACAGACAAUCCCAGAGCACAGGACAGCUCCAUGCGGGGAUAGAGUCCGGUCUGCCCUGCGCUUCAGUCCUCCGAGCCAGCGUGUCAGUACUCCGGCAUCCAGGUGACAGCGUCCUCCCGCAGCCCUACGGGAUUCGCAAUCCAUGAUUGCCUCGCCCCUGCGCUCCACCCGCGGCGCUGCAGCGGCACGAAGCCACUGGUGCACCCAGCUGUGGGUGAACGCAGGGCGGCGCAGGCCACAUCAGACCCUAUCUGCAAGUGCUGGGUCGUUAACUUCAAGUGCAAUGUGUACGAAAACCAAUCUGAGCCUUGUAUUCUCCUAUGUAUUUAUUUUUUUUUAACGUGUGAGAUGUUAGAGAGGGGGUUCCCCAUCCAUCCAUUUCAGCCCUGCAUGGAGGCAGAAUUCAGCAAUAAUUUCUUUCAGGUGGGAAGUUCCUUCAUUGUGCCCUCCACUGAGCCCUGGCCCUUUGGAAUACUCAUUUCGUGGGUUUUAGUAAAAAUGUCCUUUUUACUUACAAAGUUGUCCUUUUCUGUAUUUUGAAACUUCAGUGUUUUUGGUUUAAAUUCUGUGAAGGCAGCUUGAUGAAAAGACCCCCAGAGGACGGAGGAGGCAGCCUGGCCGACUGGGCUGGGCGGGCCUUCCAGCCGUCGUGGGUGGCGCGUGGCUCCCAGGACACUCACUCCCUGCAGUGGGGGUUUCGUGGUUUUGGGCGAAUCUCUUCCGUAGAUGGUACAUUACCCUGGCCAAGUUGUUUUUAGGGGGAUUUUGUUGCAAGGAAAAGGGGGUGGUUCCGAAUUUGGCAAUGACCCCUUUACACAUUUUUUAAAAGCCCGUGAUUAAAACAGAUUUUUCAGCGGUGGUGUCGGCAUUUUAUGGAAAACAGAAUUUAUGAGCUGAAUACACGGGGUCUCUAAUUACGCUUGCUGCAUAAAGAACAAAUUUUUUUUAUUGUUUUUGUCUUCAACGGGAAGUAAAUCUGUAUCCGUUAGAAAUAAUGUAGCCAAAAAAACCUGGAUCUGAACACUUUCUUUGCCAAUACUGUGCAGGUGUGUGUGAACCAAAGCGAUGUGAGUGUGAAAGUGUAAAACGGUGUAAAGAGUUUGCACUACCCCCGAUGGAGCGGCCAGAGAGCUUCCCAUUCUUUCUAGGUUUUCCGAGUUGUGUUCUUUUUGCAUUUUUUUUUAAUUUCUAUUAAAGGUCAUCUUUGAAUGGCAGAA